AUGGUCAUCACUGAGAAGUCAAUUGAAAAACUUCUGGAUAUGGAGAAAGGUGGGGGUAGAAGAAUUUACAACGUAAACCCUAGGGCAAGAUACAUGUCCCAGGAAAUUGUUCCAACCAUCUUCAAACAGAACUCUGAAGGAAAAUCAUCCAAGAACGUGGAACUUCACCAGAAUCUGAGGGCCUGGUUAAAGAUCAUUCUAGAAAUCCAUAACCCUUCAUCUCCAACAUUGGCCCAACUCCAAGCCAUAUCACUGUCUAACCAAGCUCCAUCUAUCCCAGAUACCUUUGUGCCUUCUUCUUCUGAACCUCACACAGAACCACCUUCUGAACCUAAAAUAGAACCACCUUCUGAACCUUCAUCUGCACCGCCAACGGAACAACCCCCUGAACCUCCCACUGAAACCACCCACACUUCCUCAGAACCCAAUAAUCCAUCACCUGAACCUGAACCAACCUUCCCCACCUUGGAAGAAGAAGCUAAGGAGAGGCUUGAGGCUCAUCUGGCCAGAGAAGCUGAAGAGAAAGCACACCAGGAAGCUCAAGAAAAGGAAAGACUAGAAGCUGAAGAGCAGGCGAGAAAGGAAGCCGAAGAUAAAGUUUCUACUAAGGCCGCUGCUAUUGCUGAAGUUGAAGCUAAAGCCAAGGUUGACGCUGAAGAAGUAGCACACAUUGCUGCAGAGGACGUUGCUAAGGCAAAAGUAGUUGCUCUGACUCUGGGUGAGACCUCAAACUCUCGUCUUACUCCGCUGGUGCUCAAGUCUCUUGAAUAA